CACCGCAGCAUCCUGUUCGCAAGGGGAAACGGAAGGCAGCUCUCUCACCACUCCCUGUCCCCACUGCAGUCUCGCUGUCCCCAAGCUGCUCCUGCCUCAUGGCACCAAUGGCGCUGGCCCUCAUCCUGGGUGAGUGACAAUGGGGACGUGGUGCCACGGGGGUUGGUGGCCCCAUGUGGGACCAGGACCGUGUCCCUUGCAGGUUGGUGUCUGGUGGCAGCCAGCAGAGCUCAGCACCUGCCCCGACCCUCCCUGUCACUGCACCCCAGCCAGGGGGUGUUCCUGGGGGACACUGUCACCUUGCACUGCCAUCUGCCCCAUCUGGCUGCCUGGGUCUGGCUGUACCAGGACAGAGGCCCGACACACAACAAGUACAAGCUCAAGGAGCUGGACGUGGUGGAGUUUUCCUUUGUUAGCACAAAGCGGGAACACGCAGGUACAUAUCGGUGCCAGUACCAGGUGUCAGAGCCAUUGGGGACAUCGAAUAUGAGUGAUCCUGUGGAGUUGGUGGUGACAGGUGAGGGCGCUGGGGACAGCAAAUGGCUCUGGGUGCUCCCAACAGGACCGUGUCCCAGCGCUGUCCCCUCCCCUCAUGCAGAUCACAGCUUCCCACCACCAGGCAUCUCCCUUCAUCCUGAGGAAUGUGUGGGUACAGGGACCAAUGUCACCAUCCACUGCUGGAACAAGGACUAUGGGGCCAACUUCCUCCUGCACAAGGAUGGGUGCCCAGCCCCUGUCCAGCACCAGGAGCCUGAUGGUGGGGGCACGGCCAACUUCACCCUCCUUGAGGUGACCCCAUCUGACACUGGCACCUACAGGUGCUCCUACAAACCCAAGGGCUAUCCCUUUGUGUCCUCACCCCUUGGGGACAGCGUGACACUGGAGGUGACACCCACAGCUGCACCCCCAGGUGCUUCAGUUAUUUCCCAUGGGAACCUGGUGGUUGUGGUGGCUGGGGGCUGUGCUGCUGCCUUUGUCUUCAUCCUCAUCCUUGUCAUCUCCUUCCUCCUUGCUGCUCGCAGACGUCGGACAUAGAGAGAUGAGAGCCCUGGUGAUGAAGCGUUAAAUGUCAUUUUUCCCCAGUAGAUCCCCUCCAAUGCCCCUCAAGCCUCC